AUGCAUGACCUGCAAAUUAUUUACGAUAUCGUCGAUAAUGCUACUUUGAGUAUUUCUGAUCACGGUAUCGAUGUGGUGGUCAAUGAUGACGAGGAGAGGUACACAAUUGGUAACGUCCGCAACUAUGACAGUGACAUCUUCAUUUUGAGCCAAUUCCACGCUCAUUGGGGGUUGACGGAUGAGUUCGGCAGCGAGCAUCUAUUCGAAGNNNNUUCGAUCUCUGUUACUCGAUCAAUCUCGAACUUCUUCAUCAUAUCAGAAUAA